GCAAGCUGCUAAAGGUCACCCUUGUUUUCAGCCUGCAGCUCGUGUUUCAGUUCUGUGCUGGGGACAAUGUCACCGAUGACUAUGACUCCAACAGCACCAUUGACUACAGCAUGUUCGAGAACCUGUGUGAGAAGAAGGAAGUCAGGACUUUCCGUGCCGCCUUCCUCCCAGCCAUGUACAGCAUCAUCUGCUUCAUAGGGCUGCUGGGGAACGGGCUGGUCAUGCUCACCUACAUCUACUUCAAGAGGCUCAAGACCAUGACUGACAUCUACUUGCUGGUUCAUAAAAAUAUGACUUUUCUGGAAGUUUCCCACCUGCUGACUCUCCCUUUCUGGGCCACGAGCGCAGCCAAGCACUGGCUCUUUGGGAAGUUUGCCUGCAAAGCUGUGUACUGCAUCUGCAAGAUGAGUUUUUUCAGUGGGAUGCUGCUCCUCCUGUCCAUCAGCAUCGACAGGUACUUCGCCAUUGUCCAGGCUGCCUCGGCCCACCGCCUGCGCCCCCGGAUGAUAUUCCUCAGCAAGGUGACAUGCAUCCUCAUCUGGCUCCUGGCCUUCAUCCUCUCCAUCCCUGAGCUGGUGCACAGUGGUGUGAAUAACGUGGACACCCAUCCCCAUUGCUCCAUCAUCGCUCAGGACUUACAGUCCUUCAACACUGGCAUCAAAGUGUCCCAAAUGGUUUUUGGUUUCUUAAUUCCCCUCGUGGUCAUGUCUGUGUGCUACCUCAUCAUCAUCAAAACGUUGCUCCAGGCCCGCAACUUUGAGAAGAACAAAGCCAUCAAGGUCAUCAUCGCUGUGGUCAUCGUCUUCAUUGUCUUCCAGCUGCCCUACAACGGUGUCAUGCUGGCCAAGACCAUCUCAGCCUUCAACAACACCAGCUCGUGCGACGAGAGCAAGAAGCUCGACAUGGCAGAUGAUGUGACCUACACCUUGGCCUGCUUCCGAUGCUGCCUCAACCCCUUCCUCUACGCCUUCAUCGGCGUCAAGUUCCGCAACGACCUCUUCAAGCUGCUGAAGGAGUUGGGCUGCCUGAGCCAGGAGCGCCUCUGGCAGCUCUCCUCCUGCCGCGAGAGCAAGAGGUUCUCCUUUGCCAUGGAGACAGAGACAACCACCACCUUCUCCCCGUGA